AUGAAAUAUUUUUACGUGGUUUUUGCUAUCUCGUGCUCAUUAUUAUUAAUCACCAAUACGUAUGCAUAUCAAUAUGACUUGGUUGAACCUAUUGACAAACCUUCUGUGGAAAAUUACGAAACCAAAGAAUUAAGUUUCUUAACCUUUGGAAAUCAAACUAAAGUUGCCAAAGCAAUGACAAAGUGGAGUGGACAAUAUAAUAGUAAUUUUGUUUUGAGCGUUGGUGAUGAUGAAGGAGUUUCAAGUGUAUAUGAUGCAAAAUGGGAUAAAGUUUGGAAGAAUGCUUAUAAAGGCAGAUUAUCCAAGAUUCCUUGGUACAUUGUAGCAGGAAAUCAUGAUUGGUACGGCAAUAUUACAGCACAAAUUGAUUAUAGCUUGAAUUAUGACUCUCGCUAUUUCUUCCCAUCUACAUAUUUUGUUCGUGAAUCAUACUUUGGUCCAAAUAAAACAAAAGUUGCAUGGAUCCACAUCGACACAAAUAUCUUCUAUUAUGAUUUUGCAACUCGUGAAGAAACUGAACAUUUGGGUUUGAAAUAUAACUUUGAAAAAUUUGGAUGGCAAAGUUUAAAAGCAAUUGAAGAUAAAUUCAAAUGGAUUGAAGAUCGAUUGAACAAUAGAGCUCAAAAUGGAUUUUCGUUGUCUGUAGGGCAUCAACCUCUUAUUGGCAAAUAUGCGCAGACAUUUCAAAUGGGAAGGUUGAGACCACUUUUUGAAAAAUAUCGUGUGGCAGCAUAUUUUUCAGGACAUGAACAUGUUUUAGAAUUGGAAACAUCAAAGAUUGGUCAAUCCGUUACGUAUUUCAUUUCAGGGGCCUGUAGUAAAGCUCAUGGAAAAUGUGAAGGAUUCGAUUGGGGUAUGCCUGUAGGUGCCUUGGGUUUCUUACAUACCAUAAUAAGCAAAGAUGAAAUGUAUUAUGAAUUUGUUGAGUCUUCAACCCUUGAGCCCAAAAUGGUUUAUCAGGGGAAAGUUUUACCAAUAUAA